AUGGCAGGACGAUUUAGUGCAUGGGGCAGCUCCCUUCGGCAAAGGCUAUCAUCGUCAUCACCAUCUUCUUCACGAAGAUUAUCCAAGAUCUCAUAUACUACUCUGUCUCUUGACACGCCCGUCGAAGAGGAGACGUUGGCCUACUAUAAACCUGAGCAUUACUAUCCCGUUAGGAUUGGCGACGUAAACGAGACCCGGUAUCAGAUUACCGGUAAGCUCGGUUAUGGGGCGUAUUCCACAAGCUGGCUAUGCCGGGAUCUCCAGAACGACCGGUAUGAAGUGUUGAAGGUGUCUACAUCGCUGCCAUCAGUUCCGACCGCAUCAGGUCGCGAGCUUAAGAUCUAUGAGCAUCUAGCCAGACUUUAUGAUUCCUUCGAUCUUCACGGACCUGCCGGACAACACCGCUGCCUAGUGCUACAGCCAAUGCCUAUGACCUUGUUAGAGAUGAUGGGGCUUAAUCCCAAGCCAUUCAACCUGCCUCUUCUCAAAAUGACGGUGAAGCGUCUGCUUCUGGCCCUGGACUUCUUACACACCGAAGCCAAUGUCAUCCACACUGACAUAAAGACGGACAACCUAAUGCUUAGUCUCGAGGACGAGGGCAUGCUGGCGGACUUUGCGACAGCCGAAGCCGAGGAUCCCAGCCCUCGGAAGCAGAUUGAUGAGUCGCGUACUCAGCAGGAGUCCGGGCCCUUUGUUCAACCGCACAUCUAUCGGGCGCCAGAGAUCAUCUUCGAAAUGCCCUGGGGAAGCGCCGUCGAUAUCUGGAACCUGGCAUGCUUGAUAUGGGACCUUUUCGAAGGGGAGCAUUUGUUCGAAGAUAUUUUCGAUGCCAAAGGCGGCCACGACCCGUUCAGGCAUCUGGCACGUAUGGUCGCCUUGAUGGGGCCGCCGCCAGAGGAAUUCAUUCGCCGCAGUGAAACGACCGAACAGUGUUUUGACCCUAGUGGCGCCUGGGUUGCCCAUGAAGAAGCAGUUGUGCCAAUGAUCUCCUUAGGGAGCCUAGAAAAGCGACUCGCAGGGGAAGAGAAGGCGGAGUUCAUUCGAUUCAUGAUGUCAAUGCUGAAGUGGCUACCAGAGGAACGCAAGACAGCGAAGCAGCUGCUCGAGGACCCGUGGUUAUUCUGA